AUGGAAAACUCUCAGCCAAGCCCGCCACACGCCUUGAGCAAAGUCAAGCACAUUAUUAUGGUCUUGAGCGGCAAAGGUGGAGUUGGCAAGUCCACGGUUGCAUGCCAGCUCGCGUUUUCAUUUUUGCACAUUCACCACAAGAAGGUGGGGUUGCUGGACGCGGACAUUUGCGGGCCCAGUGUUCCCAUGAUAUGCGGUUUGGAGGGGAGGGAUGUCUUCCGGGAUGCCCAGGGGUGGCAGCCGAUCUCUCUAAAGGAGUCUGAGACUGGUGCGGUCAACUCUGCGGGAUCCGCUGGGGGUGGCGAGUUGAAGGUGAUGUCGAUCGCCUACCUGCUUCCUAGCAACAAUGACGCCGUUGUGUGGCGUGGCCCUAAAAAAGACGCCAUGAUCAAGCAGUUUAUAGCAGACGUAAAUUGGGGCCCUCUUGAUUAUCUUAUCAUCGAUACACCCCCAGGCACUAGCGAUGAGCACUUAACGUUGUGCGAGGUCCUGAAGCCUUUCAACCCCGCUGGAGCCGUGGUCGUUACGACACCGCAGGAUGUCGCUACGGAUGACGUCAAGAAGGAGCUGUCAUUCUGCGCUAAACUUGGGGUUCGAUGUCUGGGAAUUGUUGAGAACAUGUCAGGGUUUGUUUGCCCUUACUGUGAGCACUGUACCGAUAUUUUCAGCACUGGUGGGGGAAAGAAGUUGGCAGAGCUGUACGAAGUUAUGUUUUUGGGUGCUAUUCCCAUCGACCCCACCCUUUCCCUCGCCGAAGACCUAGGGAAGGUGUUUGUACAAGAGGCUGCUUCCACGGAGAACUCAUCUUCGCCCACAAACAAGACAGUGGCGGCGCUCAAUACUGUGAUUGACAACAUCCUUGGUCAAGUACACCGUGCCAACCAAAGCUAGCGAGUCAGCUUCUUCUUAUACUAUAACCCAAAUCGCAAUGAAGUGUAUGCGUGCUUACGGUCUAUUAAGUUCAUUUUACCGCCGUAAUCUGGUGAAUAGCUCUUUUAAAAAACUUUGCAUGGAUUUAUCUUUUAAAAUUGCAUGUGAGUAUAAAACACAUUUUGGAAACCACAUCCCUCUCUCUCUCUCU